AUGUUGAGAGACUCUUUCAACAAUAAAAAGGAAAUUGUAUUCUCAGAAGGUGGGAAUGAGCUUAUCUUCACUGAGACAGGUUACAAGAUCCCUAGAGAUGUGCAGACUGCCUGGCUAAUGAAGGAUCGCAAGGGUCAUUAUAACAUUGGAGCUAUUUGGUAUUAUGUUUCCUCUAAAGAUAUGAAAAUGGGAGAGUAUGUUGCCUCUUCACAGAAGAAUGGAUUCCAGAUGAUUUAGCUUUUAGAUCGUAAAGAAGUUCAAGACUUCUUCACUGGCUAGAUCAAGCAUUCAGACUCAAUAGAUGAAUCUUUCAGACCACAAACUCUGAUUAAGAAGUCUCAACUCAAAGGCGGCAAAGUAGUCUAACUUGGCGAGUAGAUAGCUAGGAAGAGAGACGCCAAGGCAGAAGAAAAAUAGCAAAGAAAGAUGGAGGUAUAUGAGCAUUUGCUAUACAAUGAGAGAAAGAUAGCCAGCAGAGCCACAGCCAUUUAAUGCUAGAACAGAAGUUUCCUCAAAGUGCUACAAUUAGCUUACCAAAUGACUGGCUAGGAACAGAAAGUAAAAGAAGUUAAGGAUAGAAUAGAGAAGAGACAGGGUAAAUGUCAAGUAAUCAAUCUAGAUCUAGGAAGUCUUAAUGAUAAAAUCAAGCGAAAGAGAUCGUUGCUUGAAGAGAUCACUAAACUUUCCAAAGUGCCUGGCUCCUUCUAUCAAGGAAACAUAUGUCUGGGUAAUGCUAUCAAGUUCCUCUAGGAAGGACAAUAUGUCGCCAAUAUCUCCUCAGUCACCCCAACUGCCAAUGGUCUAAGUUAAGAUGAUAAACAUGCCAAAAUAGAAGUAUAAAGGAAAAUAGGAUCAGACUAAGUGUCUUUUGAAAUAGUCGACAAUGUACAAGCCUUUGAUAACAGUCAAUGGAGCAGAGUAGUGGCAGUUUUUACUAAUGGAUAAGACUGGCAGUUCAAAGACUGGCCAACUAAAAAGAUGGUUGAAUUAUUCCUAAGAGUUAGAGGUUACUACAUCCACUAUCAAGAUCAGACUACUCUUCCAGAACUGACAACUAAAUAUAACAUUAAGAUAUUGACUUUGCAGAGAAAUAAAAGGCAUCAGGAUGGUAUUAUACACAAUGAAUUCUGGCAUGAUCUGGAGACCUUCCUUAAAAAAGAGAGAUUCUAGGGACUUAAUUUCUGA